AUGUCGAGCCCCUGCAAAAGUUUGGAUGGACGCAGAGGUGUUGGGGAGAGUCCUGCUCACAAAGAGAGACGGUUUCGCAGUUGGAGCAGCCUGAGGUUCUCCAGGUGGAGGAGUGGGUCCCAGAGGAGCCCACCUGCCUCUCCUUCUCCAAAGGGAGACAAAAGCAGCGAUGUCACCAAGACCCUCUUCACCCUGGUCAAAACCCACAAUGACAACUACACAGCGGACCCAGAUGGUUUGAUGGAACCUCCCAGAGAAAGGUGCAUUGAGGAGGAUGAAGUUGACGAUGAAUCCACCUACUUCCAGAAGCAGCUCGGCUCAAUGCUGCAGCCGGGAAUCAACAAGUUCUCUCUGCGCAUAUUCGGGAGCCACAAAGGGGUCGCCGCGGAGCAGGACAGGGUCAAGUCUUUUGGAGUUUGGAUCAUUCACCCCUACAGCGACUUCAGGUUUUACUGGGACCUUGUCAUGCUGAUCUUAAUGAUGAGUAACUUGGUGAUAUUGCCGUGGGGAAUUACCUUUUUCGAAGACCAGAACACGCCUCCUUGGAUCACAUUCAACGUCCUCUCUGACACUCUGUUCUUGCUAGAUUUAAUUUUCAAUUUUCGAACGGGCAUACUGGGAGAGGACAGUCAGACCAUCCUGGACCCUAAGGAGAUCCGUCUGCAGUAUCUACGCACCUGGUUUCUGGUAGACUUUAUUUCCUCCAUCCCGGUGGACUAUAUCUUUCUAAUUGUGGAUCUGGAAAGCCUCCUGGCAUCUACAGACGUGUACCGCACCGCUCGCGCCCUCCGCAUCGUCCGCUUCACCAAAAUCCUAAGCCUCCUGCGGCUACUUCGACUGUCACGACUGAUUAGAUACAUCCAUCAAUGGGAGGAGAUCUUCCACAUGACCUAUGACCUGGCCAGUGCCGUGGUGCGUAUCGUGAACCUGAUCGGGAUGAUGCUGCUGCUGUGCCACUGGGACGGCUGUCUGACCUUCAUGGUGCCGAUGCUUCAGGACUUCCCUCCCGACUGCUGGGUGGCCAAGAACAACAUGGUGAACUCAACCUGGCAGUUCCAGUACUCUUACUCUCUGUUCAUGGCCAUGAGCCACAUGCUGUGUAUCGGUUAUGGCGCCCACCCCCCAGAGGGCAUGAGCGAUGUCUGGCUCACCAUGAUCAGUAUGGUUGUCGGGGCAACCUGCUACGCCAUGUUCCUGGGCCAUGCAGCCAACCUGGUCCAGUCCCUGGACUCGUCCCAUCGCCAAUACCAGGAAAAGUACAAACAAGUGGAGCAGUACAUGUCAUUUCACAAACUGCCUGCAGACGUCAGGCAGAGAAUCCAUGACUAUUAUGAACAGCGAUUUCAAGGCAAAAUGUUUGAUGAGGACAGCAUCCUCGGAGAGCUCAGCGACCCUCUGAAGGAGGAAAUAGUCAGCUAUAAUUGUCGUGGGCUGGUUGCAAACAUGCCAUUGUUUGCAAACACGGACCCACACUUUGUGACCGUGAUCUUGACAAAGCUGAAGUUUGAGGUGUUUCAACCAAAUGACUUCAUCAUCCGUGAAGGAACACUGGGUCGAAAAAUGUACUUCAUUCAGCACGGCUCCGUCACCGUCAUGCCGCGAGGGACGAGGGAGAUUAGGCUCAAUGAUGGAGCGUACUUUGGGGAGAUCUGUUUGCUGACCCAGGGGCGGCGCACGGCCAGUGUCCGCGCCGACACCUACUGCAGACUGUACUCUCUGAGCGUGGACAGCUUUAACGAAGUGCUGGAGGAGCAUCCUCUGAUGAGACGAGCUUUUGAGAGUGUCGCUGUGGACCGCCUGGGACGGGCCACGGGCAAAACCAGACACCAGUCUGUUCCUGAGUGA